AAAUUCCUCAAAAAAUUCCACCGGGAACCGCCCCAAAUGGAGACGGCCAGACAAAACCUCUUAUAUAAGGACUUAUUUGACCUUUUAUUAAAACUACCUGCUAUGGAGGUGAAAGACAGAAUCAGUGGACUUCCUCUGGACAUACUUGCCCACAUUUUGGGAUUAUUGCGGAUUGAAGAAGCUGCUAAAUCUGCCAUUUUGUGUACGAGUUUGAGAGAUGCUUGGUUAAGUCUUACACACCUCAACUUUGAUAGUCAUUUCUUCAAAUACAUUCUGGACCGUUAUAUAGCAGAGUCAAGUCAGUUACUAAAGUCUGUAAUCAACACAAUCAUCAUUAAACGCAACGGGCCUAUUCGAAAAUUUGUGUUUGAUAUUAACUUCCCAAGACGACGUAAAGAUAAGUCUAGGUGGUUGGCCUUUGAUGAAUGGUUAUAUUGUCUAACCCAGAAUGGUGUUGAAGAAAUGCACCUCUCUUUUGGCCUACAUACGGCAUACAUUUUGCCAGAUUGCAUAUUUUCUUGCCCGACAUUAAAGACGUUGCAUCUUUCGGGAGUCUGUUUUGAACAAGUUAGCACCCCUUGCAUAUUCCCAAAUGUUACUUCACUUUUCUUAGAAAACAUCCGGUUUGAUCACAGAAAAUGUUCUGCUGCUGAACUUCCUAUGCUCAGGAAUCUAACUUGUGAAAGCAUUUCUGGUUUUAACUUUACUGCCCCAAAGCUUAGAAGUUUGAGAUUUCGUGCUCCUAAGUAUGACAUUGCUGGAAGAAACCCGUUUCUCAUUCUUCCAGUUAAGUUAGACUUGAGAACUGUACACUCUCUUCAUCUUGAAACAAUUGACCUUGAGAGGUUUGUUAGAGAGUUAUUUUGGGUGGGACAAGAACAAACCACACUCAAUGUGGAACACCUGCAGCUACGCUUGUAUGACGAGUAUUCGGAUAACAUAUCGAUGUGCUUUCACUUGUUGCAGAUGUGCCCAAUGUUGAUCAAACUUGACAUACAUUUAACAUUCGGGGCAGGGUUUGCAAGUGCAGAAGAACUAUUGGAGCUCCCGGAGCAUACUUUGGCCCAAACAUUCGAUACGAUUCGGGAUUUAAGUAUUGUUUGCUGGUUUCAAGGGACAAUUCCUGAAAUGAUAUUCUUCAAAUGGCUACUUCGCCGCUUUCCAGCACUUGAGAAGGUUUUAUUUUUUCCAAAUUAUAUGUAUUCGGGACACAACCUAUCUCAAGAUAUGGAGACACUUUUGUGCUUUCUGCGUGCAGAUAGAGAAGUAGAAGUUUCUUAUUGCAUUUUCAAUGAAGCCAAAGACUCACUAUUUUUUGGGUUUGGAAUUAUGAUGGAAUAAAGCAAAAUGACUUACUAAAAUGUCUGCGCUUCUUUGUUAUAAAGCAGCAGUCAGUCCGUGCAAUUUUCGACGCGAUUAUCAGUAUGGGUCAUCC